AUGGUGGAUAACAUUAGCAGGGAGAAUGUUCAGAAAGUGGAUAAAUUGAUGAAGAGACCCAGAAGGAAGCACAAGAAUUCGAAGCUGGGGUGCGUUCAAUGCAAAGAGAGACGUAUGAAGUGCAACGAGGAGCUUCCAGAGUGUCGGAACUGUCGUAUAAGACAGGUCAAAAUCAAAUGCAGUUACCUCUCUUUCACAGAGGAUGAGAAGAGGAGCUUCCUGGAGCAAAAGGCCAAACAAGACGCCGAAUUUGAAUAUAUAUCCCCAGGAUCUGUGGAAUCCCCGGAUCAAUCAAAUAAACCGAUCACUGUCCAACUCGUCAAGCAUGAGAGACCACAAGCGUUACCCUCACAAAUGGCUAGAUUCCUGAAGGAAACCACUUUUUCACAACAUGGGAGAAUCUUUUACCUGAAUAUUGUAAACCAAAUGCUUCUCUCAAAGGAAUCAUUUAGCUCUGUGUUGAGCCUGUCGGUGUUAUGGGUGCACAUGCAAUUAAAGAAGAAAUACGAAGCAUUGGGACUGAUCACACAAGAGACUGAACAGACACUACAAGCAUUGUUAAGGAUUGGAACGAUGCUGAAAUCAGAAUGCAUAAUGCAUUUGAGAAAGAUCGUCUUGCGCUUGAUUAAGGCUCAAGAUGCUAAUGAUUGGAAAGAAGUUAUGAUCCAGUACAACAAAGUUAAUGGUCCCACCUUGUGCCUACAAUCAUCUGAUAUUAUUACGUAUAGUAGCCUUAAACACUAUUACAUCACAGGGUCUUUACAAAUGCUUAAAAUGCUCUAUGAGAAUACCAAGGAGGAUUCCCCACAGACACGAUUCAUAGUAAAGGGCCUCUUGCACAUUCAUCGUUCACUUUUCGUUCCGAACUAUCCACCUGAGGUUUUUGACGAGAUUAAAUCGGUGUUGAACGAUUUCGAAGGAUUUAUAGAGGAGACCAAUGAUGAAAUGCUACUUUGGAACUAUAGAAAGCUGAUGGAAUUUUUAAACGAGGAUCUUGAUCCUGAAACUUUGAAAAAACGUGCUACUCCUACAAGUGUUACCUCUUAUCCAGCUUCAUUGAUUUACCUCUUGUUUUGGAAGUUUUAUCAGCUGGUACCAAGCGAAGCACAUACAAUAAAUAGCUGUGGUUCCCCUGUUCACAAGAUUUUCUACCUAUACAUAUACAUGAUUGGUCGUGUUCUGGAUAACGUGUUUCCAGAGGCUAGAUACUUUACACAGUUUAGAUUCAUCGGAGUGACAACGGUAUAUCCAUAUACAAUGGAUGAUUUGAACUUUGGAAUGACGCCAGAAUUGAGACCAUUUCUGAACUAUGGUAAUCGAUUGAUGGCAUACUUUUUCAUUAGAGAUGACUUAUUUAACAAGUACCUGACUAUUGAUACUCCAUUUCCAGAGAGACUGGCUGAAAACAGGUUCAAAUCCCGCAAGCUUAAAGUCCACGAAGAAUUUGUCACCAAGUUCAGAGAAACAGUACUAAAGCCUUGGAACUAUCCCCAGGUUGGAUGUGGAGCUACAACACCAGUUUCUGACUCUUCCAAAUCUACUGAGUCGUUUUCAAGCCAUUUCAACUCUGCAUACGCAUUUGACCUUGGAUUUGAGAGGGCAUUAUCACUAGAAGAGGCUGAACCACAGAUGGACCGUUUUGAAGUUCCAAGAUUGGACCAAGUAGACCCAGCAACUGGGUUCCUACUACAAGAUUAUGACCCUAAAAAGGACCUUUAUGGACCAGGAUUGGCAGACACUGUAACAACUAUAGAGGAACUGCGAAAGUACCAGGAGGACCGUGAAGUUCUUAUGAAGAUGUUUAUCGAAACAUAA